AUGUUCGCUGACGCAGUUAUAAGUGUGAUUGUUCUUGCUGCAUUCGUUGCGCCAUCGUCAAGCCAGUUGAUGUUUCUGAUGGAGCCUCCGCCUCGACUGUCUUUCUCCAACAGCACCGGUGCAAGGGUCUCGUGCGCUGCACACGGCACACCAGCUCCGAUUAUAUCCUGGAUGAGCGAAGACGGAUCUCCGGUCGGCGAUGUACCUGGUCUUAGAGAAGCGCUGCCCAAUGGCACACUCUGGUUGAGUCCGUUCCCGGCUGAGCAGUACCGGAGCGACGUACACGCUUCAGUAUACCGAUGCCGGGCAGCCAGCACUGUAGGCAUCAUACUAUCCAGAGAUAUGAGACUGGAAGCUGUUAUGGAUACGCCCUGGGAACUGAAGGUCCAGUCUUCACACGCCAUGGCUGGUGGAGCAGCGAUCCUGACCUGCACUUCCUCAGCUGCUGUGAAGCACCACGUUAUCGUCACCAGAUGGUUUCAGGACGGCGUUGUCUUGGCACCUCUCGCUGUUGAAGCCGAAGGACGAUAUAUCAUCGGAGGGGGUCGCAACGAUAUCUUGGUGGUUCGAGAUGCACGCCCGGGUGACGCCAGCUCCUACUCUUGCGAAGCUGAACACUCUCUGACUGGGGAAAAGAGAAAGAGUCCACCUUCAAUUCUAACGGUUUCGCAUUCCACUGGAAGUAUGGCACCCAGGAUGCUAAUGGUAUCCGAAGACGAAGUGGUGCUCCAGGGUGGGGAUAUACGUCUAGUGUGCUGCGCCAUUGGAACCCCACCACCUACAUAUAGUUGGUUUCGUUACACGAAUGGUCGUCUCAGUCCCGUUUCGAACAGCAUCCGAAUAUCUGUGUCUGAUCAAGUCCUGAUCAUAAGAAGAGCCCAGAUUUCUGAUAGCGGAACUUGGACCUGCCGUGCACACAAUCAGUAUGGCGAGCAGAGGAAAGACGCCAGACUGAGGGUUCGGGUUAGACUGGUGGUUAGCGUUCAUCCGCAAUUACAGGUAGCUAAUUCUGGAAGUUCAGUGGUCUUCAACUGUUCGGUCGAGGGUGGUGAUGCGAGAGUGAGAUGGCUACAUGAUGGUGUGCCAGUUGGUGGGGGCGAGAAAGUGUUGAGGGUACACGGCGUGGUGCGUGCUCAUAGAGGGAUAUACCAGUGUUUCGCUGAACGAGAUCUGGACAGUGCACAGGCGGCUGCAGAACUAAGACUUGGAGAUACAGCACCAGAGCUACACUAUACGUUUAUAGAGCAAGCGUUACAUCCUGGUCCGUCAUUAGGACUGCACUGCGCUGCGUCAGGAUCGCCGCCCCCAAGGUUCACAUGGCUGCUUGACGGUCAACCUAUUGAAGAUCACAGCAACCCACAGAGGAGCAUAACACAGUUCGUGAAUACUAAUGGUGACGUAGUGACUUACUUGAAUCUAACAUCGGUGAGACCUGAAGACGGUGGAAGAUACACGUGCAGAGCUCACAACACCAGAGGCUCUGUCGACCAUUCAACUAGACUCAAUGUGUACGGUCCCCCAUCAAUAAGGAGCAUCGGUCCCGUCCGCGUGGUCGCAGGUGUGAACACGACCGUCUACUGCCCAUAUUCAGGAUUCCCAAUCAGUGAAAUCCGUUGGCAACGAGGAGGAAUGGAUCUAACGUCCAGCAGUGGUCGAGCAUUAACUGGUGCGUCUGGAGACCUGCUGCUCUGGCCGGCAGAACCAGCUGACGCAGCUGUAUAUUCCUGCCGAGUCACAUCACCUUCUGGACAAUACGCUCAGAAGGAUAUCCAAAUAUUUGUACGAAAUCCACCAAAAAUAGCGGGAUUCAACUUUCCAACGGAUUUAGUAGAAGGCAGUUCUAUACAAGUGCUAUGCGGUAUAACUUCCGGAGACAAGCCCGUUUACUUCGCUUGGCUGAAGGAUGGACAACACAUACCGCCUAGCUUGCAGGUCUAUAGAUAUAAUUGCAUUUUGUAUUCUAUAAUACUAUGUAACUUUUGA